GUUCUGGUACCGGAAGGCACAUUUGAUGCCAGAUUUUGCGACUCUCUGUUUUGAUCCUGUUGUUCAUUAACGUCCUCAGGUGAGAACACCGUCAACGUGAAAGCAGAAGGUCGUCUUAUCUCAUCCCCGCAAUUCCCAUGUGGAUAAAUCAAUUCUUCACUGUUUUUUAUUGGUAAACAUGACCAAAGAUACUUGAAACAACAGAGUUAAAUCUGGAUUACGAAAAGAAGCAUUACUGGAUUUUUUGCAUAUAUAAUCAGACAGCGUGUGCUUGAAACGUGGACGUUGUUACAGAAGUUUCUAUUAAUUUCCUUUCAAAUCACCUUUUUGCGCUUUUUGUCCACAUUUUGACUCUUAGCCUUAAUGGAUUGCCGCAGAUGGUUGUUUGUAUGUGUUUUUUGGACAGUCUUAAAGCAAAGUCACUUCAUAAGUCAGUCUUGCUUCAAUGGAAGUAAUAUGAUGACUGUUGUUUUGUUGGACGACGACGUGUCGCCGUGGAGUAUCAAUUUUGUGAAGUCCGCAGUUUUGAGAGCAGUUGAACAUGAUUCUGAAAUCAACUUUAUAGACGGUGUGAGUCGCAAUUUAACAGUCAACUUCAAAGGGUUUCAAACCAUUUAUUACCUGCGAAAAGGCUGCACCAGUAGCAUCUGCGAGGGGGUCGAAAUUCUAAAUGAUCUAAAGUAUAAAGGUGAGGUGGGAUGUGCUCUCCUGGGACCAACCUGCACCCUUGCUACUUUCCAAAUGGUUGAUGUGGAGAUUGGCCUUGACCUCAACAUGCCCAUCAUCUCAGCGGGAAGCUUUGGACUGUCCUGUGACUUCAAAAAAGAGCUCACUCGCCUUCUGCCUCCAGCGCGAAAAAUCUCGAGCUUCUUCGUUUCAUUUUGGGAAUUUGAAGAUCAUAUCAAGCCUACGUGGAAAACUGUGUACAUAUACAAGAAACUGAAUAACACAGAGGACUGUUUUUGGUACAUGAAUGCUCUUGAGGUGGAUUCAGCGCCCUUUUCAUCGAGUUUAGAGAAGCGAGUCAUUCUACGAAGAGAGGAAGAGCUCAGCGAGGCUCUGGACAGCAAAGAUCGGGCGAGUAAUUUGUUUAUUAUAUGCGGAGGGCCUGAUGACAUAAUGGAUCUUAAGAAUGGCACUCAAUUGGACUCAGAUCCAGGAACUGCUUUUCUUCUUAUUGAUCUUUACAAUGACAUCUAUUACAAUGGGUCAUCUAACCCUGCUAUGAGGAAUGUCCUGGUUCUAACAAUGCCCAACACAAGAAUGUAUACUAUUGACACAUCUGGUAACAACACGAUGAAUGAUUACAUUGCAGCAUAUCAUGAUGCAGUACUGCUGUUUGGGCAGGUGAUAAGAAACAUCUUUACCAGCUCUGACUAUCAGCAAAUAGAGACAGUGAGCGUUAACUACUUCAGAAAUGUGUCUUUCAAAGGUAUCGCUGGAGAUUAUGAGCUGGAUGAGUAUGGUGACAGGGAUCUGAUAUUUUCUUUGAUAUACACUAAUAAUGACAUUGAGUAUAAAGUUCUUUAUGAGUUCAACACCACGACCAACGUUACAUAUUUAAAGGACAUCAAUCCAGACUUUAUUUGGCCUCAGCUUCGUCUACCUGACGACCAUCCAGAUACUAAAGGCCAGCAGAUCCAGGACAUUGUAAUAACAUUGGGAGCAACUGUUGUUGGAGUGAUGGCUACACUUGCCUUCAUCUUUUACUGGCAAAACAGAUCUUAUCGUAACAUGCAGAAGAAAUGGUCCCACAUUCCAUCAGAGCUCAUCAUACCUUUAGAGUUGAACGAGAGGAAUAUGAUCAGUUUGAAGAUUGAAGAAGACUCGAAAAAAAGUAAUAGUUACAACUUACGCCGUGCACGCUAUGAUAAAAAGAUGGUUAUACUUAAAGAGUUGAAGUACACAGAUGGAAGCUUUACUGAGAAACAGAGGAGAGAGCUCAAUGCGCUUUUGAAAAUUGAUUAUUACAACCUGACCAAAUUCUAUGGGACAGUCAAGUUUGACAAUGAGGUUUUUGGAGUGUUUGAGUAUGGAGAGAGGGGUUCCCUAAAACAUGUGCUUAAAGAAAAGAUUUCAUACCCAGAUGGGACUUUCAUGGACUGGCAGUAUAAAAUCUCUGUGAUGUAUGACAUCGCAAAGGGCAUGUCUUAUCUCCAUGCAAGCAACAUUGCUGUCCAUGGCCGACUUAAAUCCACCAACUGUGUGGUUGACAACCGUAUGGUAGUGAAGAUUGCGGACUUUGGCGUCAAUACUAUUCUCAGUCCCAGUAAAGAUCUUUGGACAGCCCCCGAACACUUGCGGAAACAGGGAAUCUCUCAGAAAGGAGAUGUCUACAGUUUUGCUAUUAUUUCCCAAGAGAUCAUGAUAAGGAAGUGCACAUUCUACACAACCACCUGCUCAGAUCGCGCUGAGAAGCUGGCCAGAGUGCAAUACCCCAGUCUGACCUCUUGUUUCAGACCUGAUCUAAACUUUGAGAAUGCAGGUGAAAGAGAACGAGAGGUUUGCAUGCUGAUCCAAAAUUGUUGGGAUGAGGACCCAGACAGAAGACCAGACUUCAAAAAGAUAGAAUUCACACUACGAAAGAUUGUCAGUCUAGACAACCGGGCAGAUGAGAGUUACAUGGAAAACCUGAUUCGGAGGUUGCAGAUGUAUUCCCACAACUUGGAGCGUCUGGUUGAGGAACGCACGGCUCUGUACAAGGCUGAAAGAGAUAGAGCAGACAACCUAAACUUCAUGCUGCUGCCAGGACCGGUUGUGCGUUCUUUAAAGGAAAAAGGAAUGGUGGAACCUGAGCUUUUUGAAGAGGUCACCAUCUACUUUAGUGACAUUGUAGGCUUUACCGCAUUGUGCUACUAUAGCACACCUAUGGAGGUGGUUGACAUGCUUAAUGACAUCUACAAGAACUUUGACAGCAUUCUUGACAAUCAUGACGUCUAUAAGGUUGAGACUAUUGGGGAUGCCUACAUGGUGGUCUCUGGUCUGCCUCGGCGGAAUGGAAACAGACAUGCAAUGGAUAUCUGCCACAUGGCUCUGGAUAUCUUGGCCUUCAUGGGCACAUUUCAGUUACACCAUUUGCCCGGCCUGCCAGUGUGGAUCCGUAUUGGUGUGCAUUCAGGUCCUUGUGCUGCUGGUGUUGUGGGAAUUAAAAUGCCCAGAUAUUGCCUGUUUGGAGACACUGUGAACAUAGCAUCUCGCAUGGAGUCCACGGGCCUACCAUUGAGAAUCCAUGUGAGCGAGUCAACCAUCAGCAUUCUCCAGCGCACAGACCGCAAGUUUGAGUAUGAAAAGAGAGGAGAAACAUACUUAAAGGGUAAAGGAAAAGAAACAACGUACUGGUUGACGGGAGUUACAGGGCAAGAUCAUAACCUCCAGACGCCUCCAACAGGAGAAAACAUGCAACACAUGCAACAAGAUCUGGCUCAAAUGCUCAAGACUUGCCUAGAGAAGCGUCCCAGUAGCAUGCGGAAAAGAAAGACCCUGUCAACACGCCAAAAGAAGCUUGGAGCCGAAAUUGAGAUGGAGUGCACAGAGCAGCCAGAGUAUCUUCAUCUGGCCACUGAUGACAGUACAUUUCUGUAAGAACAUAACACACGACCAUAAAAAUAUUUGGACAGCAUUCGCUUGUUGACUGUACUGGAAAUACUCCUAAAUAAAUGUAUAUAUUUUACCCUAAAUUAUUUAUUUAUUAUUUAUUUUAUCAAAUUAAUUCAUUUAUCUACCUAGUUAUCGAGCAUUAUUUUUAUCAUCAGUGAUUUUGAGCUUUCAUUUAUUAUUAAUUUUAUUGAAUAAAUAAUUGUAAUUGUCCUUGACAAAGCAUUACUUCCACCCAAAAAUGAAAAUCCUGUCAAAAAUUACUCAUCCUUACAUUGUAAUUUCUUUGUUUGGUUGUACACAAAAGAAAUAUAUUUGGGAAAAAUGUUAUCAACUGAGAUUUCUGGAGCACCAUUGAAUACCAUAGUAGAAUUUUUUUUAUAUUUCUAUGUUCUGUUUAAAAGAAUUUGGGAAAGCAACCAGUUCUGAGAAACUU